UUAAGCGCCCAAGAUGUUGAAAUUUAAAUAUGGGGUGCGAAAUCCAACGGAUUCCGGCGGGACAGAGCCCAUCGGCAGCCGGGCUUCCCGGUUGAAUCUUCUCUUCCAGGGGAAGCCAUCCUUCCUGACUCAACAGCAGACGUCCCCUCUCUCCCGGGAGGGAAUCCUAGAUUCCCUAUUUGUUCUUUUUGAGGAAUGCCGUAAACCCGCUCUGAUGAAGAUUAAACACGUGAGCGACUUUGUCAAGAAGUAUUCAGAGACCGUAGCUGAACUCCGGGAACUCCAACCCAAUGUGAAGGAUUUUGAAGUAAAAAGCCUCGUUGGCCGCGGUCACUUUGCAGAAGUGCAGGUGGUAAGGGAGAAGGCCACCGGAGAUGUCUACGCCAUGAAAGUGAUGAAUAAAAAAUCCUUGUUAGCCCAGGAACAGGUUUUGUUUUUCGAGGAAGAACGGAGCAUACUAUCUCGGAGUUCCAGCCCCUGGAUCCCUCAGUUACAGUAUGCGUUUCAGGACAAAGAGAAUCUUUACCUGGUUAUGGAAUAUCUCCCGGGAGGGGACCUCUUCUCGCUCUUGAACCGCUACGACGACCAAAUCGAUGAAAAUAUGGUUCAGUUUUACCUAGCCGAACUGGUUUUGGCCAUUCACAGCGUUCAUCUCAUGGGCUUUGUUCACCGAGACAUCAAACCAGAGAACGUUCUCAUUGACCGGACAGGGCACAUCAAGCUGGUGGAUUUUGGAUCAGCUGCCAAGAUGACCGUCAAUAAAACGGUGAACGCCAGGCUGCCGAUUGGGACCCCCGACUACAUGGCCCCCGAAGUGCUCACGGUGAUGAACGGGGAUGGCAAGGGGACCCACGGCCCAGAAUGCGAUUGGUGGUCCUUGGGCGUUAUUGCCUACGAGAUGAUUUAUGGGAAAUCCCCAUUCACCGAGGGAACCUCUGCGAAGACUUUUAAUAACAUCGCGAACUUCCAGAGGUUUCUGAAGUUUCCAGAUGGCCCCAAAGUCAGCGGCGAAUUUCUUGAUCUAAUUCAGAGUCUGUUGUGUGGACAGAAAGAGAGGCUAAAUUAUGAGGGUCUUUGCUGCCAUCCGUUUUUCUCCAAAAUCGAUUGGAACAACCUUCGUAACUCUCCUCCCCCCUUCGUCCCUACCCUCCGGUCCGACGAUGACACCUCCAGUUUCGACGAGCCGGAGGAGGGUCUGCGGGUCCUACCCGCCCCGCGCCAGUUGAGCCCCGCGGGCUUCGCGGGCGAAGAUCUGCCCUUCGUGGGGUUCUCCUUCGGCGGGGCCCCGGGGAGCCUCGGUAGAUCGGAGUCCGGGACACCCGGUGUAGACUCUCCUGCCAAGAUUAGCUCCAUGGAAAAGAAACUCCUCUUCAAGAGCAAAGAACUCCAAGACACCCAGGACAAGUGCCACAAGAUGGAGCAGGAAAUGACGCGGUUGCAUCGGAGAGUGUCUGAGGUGGAGGCUGUGCUUAGUCAAAAAGAGGUGGAGCUGAAAGCUUCUGAGACCCAGAGAUCCCUCCUGGAGCAGGACCUGGCUACUUACAUCACAGAAUGCAGUAGCUUAAAGCGAAGUUUGGAACAAGCCCGGAUGGAAGUGUCUCAGGAAGAUGAUAAGGCACUGCAGCUCCUUCACGACAUCAGAGAGCAGAGCCGAAAGCUGCAAGAAAUCAAAGAACAGGAGUAUCAGGCCCAGGUGGAAGAGAUGCGGUUGAUGAUGAAUCAGUUAGAAGAGGACCUCGUCUCCGCCCGCCGUCGAAGCGAUCUCUACGAGUCUGAGUUGAGGGAGUCUCGGUUAGCCGCUGAAGAGUUCAAGCGCAAAGCUACAGAAUGCAACAAUAAAUUGCAGAAGGCUAAAGAUCAAGGCAAGGCUGAAGUAGGAGAGCUACAUACCAAACUGGAGAAGGUCAAUGCCGAGCAGCAGAUCAAAAUCCAGGAACUGCAAGAAAAGCUGUCAAAGGCUGUGAAAGCCAGUUCUGAGGCCACUGAGCUGCUCCAGAAUAUCCGCCAAGCGAAGGAGCGAGCUGAGAGGGAACUGGAGAAACUACAGAACCGAGAGGACUCCUCAGAGGGCAUGAAAAAGAAAUUAUUCGAAGCCGAGGAACGCCGCCAUUCUCUGGAGAAUCAAGUGAAGAGGUUAGAGACGGUGGAACGCAGAGAAAACCGACUGAAGGAUGAUAUCCAGACUAAAUCACAGCAGAUUCAACAGAUGGCUGAUAAAAUUCUGGAACUGGAGGAGAAGCACCGGGAGGCUCAGGUCUCAGCCCAGCACCUUGAGGUGCAUCUGAAACAAAAAGAACAGCUUUAUGAGGAAAAAAUUAAAGUGUUGGACAAUCAGAUAAAGAAAGAUCUAGCCGAUAAGGAAACCCUCGAGAAUAUUAUGCAAAGACACGAGGAAGAAGCUCAUGAAAAAGGCAAGAUUCUCAGCGAGCAGAAGGCGAUGAUCAAUGCCAUGGAUUCCAAGAUCAGGUCACUGGAACAGAGGAUAGUAGAACUGUCAGAGGCAAAUAAACUGGCAGCAAAUAGCAGCCUUUUCACCCAAAGGAACAUGAAAGCCCAGGAGGAGAUGAUUUCGGAACUCCGGCAGCAGAAAUUUUACCUGGAGACACAAGCCGGGAAACUGGAGGCACAAAACCGGAAGCUGGAAGAGCAGUUGGAGAAGAUCAGCCAUCAGGACCACAGCGAUAAGAAUCGCCUGUUAGAGCUGGAGACCAGGCUGCGAGAGGUGAGCCUGGAGCACGAAGAGCAGAAACUGGAGCUGAAGCGGCAGCUGACCGAAUUGCAGCUGUCCCUCCAGGAGCGAGAAUCUCAGCUGUCAGGCCUGCAGUCGGCCCGCUCCGCUCUGGAGAACCAGCUCCGCCAGGCCAAGACGGAGCUAGAGGAGACUACCGCCGAGGCGGAGGAGGAGAUUCAGGCCCUCACGGCCCAUAGAGAUGAAAUCCAACGUAAAUUUGAAGCCCUUCGUAAUAGCUGCACGGUGAUUACAGACUUGGAGGAGCAACUGAACCAGCUGACCGAGGACAACGCCGAGCUGAACAAUCAGAACUUCUACUUAUCCAAACAACUCGACGAGGCUUCCGGCGCCUCGGAUGAGAUCGUGCAGCUGCGAAGCGAGGUGGAUCACCUCCGCAGGGAAAUCACCGAGAGGGAGAUGCAGCUCACCAGCCAGAAACAAACGAUGGAGGCCCUGAAGACCACGUGUACGAUGCUGGAAGAGCAAGUGAUGGAUUUAGAGGCCCUCAACGACGAGCUGCUCGAAAAAGAACGUCAGUGGGAGGCUUGGCGGAGCGUUCUCGGCGACGAGAAGUCCCAGUUCGAAUGUCGAGUUCGCGAAUUACAGAGGAUGCUGGAUACUGAGAAACAGAGCAGAGUGCGAGCAGAUCAGCGUAUUACCGAGUCUCGUCAAGUAGUGGAACUGGCCGUGAAGGAGCACAAAGCGGAAAUCCUGGCUCUGCAGCAAGCACUGAAGGAGCAGAAACUCAAAGCCGAGAGUCUUUCCGAUAAGCUCAAUGACCUGGAGAAGAAGCACGCGAUGCUUGAAAUGAACGCCCGAAGCUUACAGACGAAACUCGAGACCGAACGAGAGCUCAAACAGAGACUUUUGGAAGAGCAAGCCAAACUACAGCAGCAAAUGGACCUGCAGAAGAAUCACAUCUUCCGCCUGACCCAAGGAUUGCAAGAGGCUUUAGACCGGGCUGAUCUGCUGAAGACAGAACGGAGCGAUCUAGAGUACCAACUGGAAAACAUUCAGGUUCUCUAUUCUCAUGAGAAGGUGAAAAUGGAGGGCACAAUCUCCCAGCAAACCAAACUCAUCGACUUUCUGCAAGCCAAGAUGGACCAGCCGGUUAAGAAGAAAAAGGGUUUAUUUAGUCGACGGAAAGAGGACCCUGCUUUGCCCACACAGGUUCCUCUGCAGUACAAUGAGCUGAAAGUGGCACUGGAGAAGGAGAAGGCUCGCACUGCGGAGCUGGAGGAGGCCCUUCAGAAAACCCGCAUCGAACUCCGAUCGGCUCGAGAAGAAGCCGCCCACCGGAAGGCAUCAGACCACCCUCACCCAUCCACCCCGGCCACGGCAAGGCAGCAGAUCAUCAUGUCUGCCAUUGUGCGCUCCCCAGAGCACCAGCCCAAUCCGAUCAAUCUGCUCGCUCCACCUUCUAGUCGCCGAAAAGAGUCGUCCACUCCCGAAGAAUUCAAUCGACGCCUGAAAGAGAGAAUGCACCACAAUAUUCCACACCGCUUCAAUGUGGGACUCAAUAUGAGAGCAACCAAGUGUGCAGUGUGCCUGGAUACUGUGCACUUUGGACGUCAGGCAUCGAAAUGCCUCGAAUGCCAGGUGAUGUGCCACCCCAAGUGCUCGACGUGCUUGCCAGCGACCUGCGGGCUGCCCGCCGAAUAUGCCACCCACUUCACGGAAGCCUUCUGCCGGGAGAAGAUGAACUCCCCGGGGUUGCAGAUCAAAGAGCCAACCAGCAACGUGCGCCUGGAAGGAUGGAUGAAGGUGCCAAGAAACAAUAAACGUGGACAGCAAGGCUGGGACAGGAAAUUCAUUGUCCUGGAGGGGUCUAAAGUACUAAUUUAUGACAAUGAAGCUAAGGAAGCUGGACAGAGACCAGCGGAAGAAUUUGAAUUGUGCCUUCCCGACGGGGACGUGUCUAUUCACGGAGCAGUCGGAGCCUCGGAACUGGCAAAUACGGCCAAGACAGAUGUACCAUAUAUCCUGAAGAUGGAAUCUCACCCCCACACCACUUGUUGGCCUGGGAGAACGCUCUACUUACUAGCCCCCGGCUUCCCUGAGAAGCAACGCUGGGUUUCCGCCUUAGAAACGGUUGCGGCAAGUGGGAGAGUUUCUAGGGAAAAAGCGGAAGCCGAUGCCAAACUGCUUGGAAAUUCACUUCUGAAACUUGAAGGGGAUGAUCGCCUGGACCUUAACUGCACUUUGCCCUUCAGUGAUCAGGUAGUGCUGGUGGGAACCGAGGAAGGGCUCUAUGCUCUGAACGUCUUGAAAAAUUCCCUGACCCACAUCCCUGGAGUUGGAGCCAUCUUCCAAAUUUACAUCAUCAAGGAUCUGGAGAAGCUCCUCAUGAUAGCAGGGGAAGAAAGGGCCUUAUGUCUUGUCGACGUGAAGAAAGUGAAGCAGUCGCUAGCACAGUCUCACCUUCCAGCACAGCCUGAUAUUUCGCCGACCAUCUUUGAAGCUGUCAAAGGAUGCCACUUAUUUGCAGCUGGCAAGAUUGAAAACGGACUCUGUAUCUGCGCGGCCAUGCCGAACAAGGUGGUCAUUCUCCGCUACAAUGAAAACCUCAGCAAGUACUGCAUUAGGAAAGAAAUAGAAACAUCAGAGCCAUGCAGUUGUAUCCAUUUCACUAAUUACAGUAUCAUCAUCGGAACAAAUAAAUUCUACGAGAUUGAGAUGAAGCAGUACACCCUUGAAGAAUUCCUGGAUAAGAAUGACCACUCCUUAGCGCCGGCGGUGUUUGCGUCCUCCUCCAACAGUUUCCCUGUCACCAUUGUGCAGGUGAACAGUGCGGGGCAGAGAGAGGAAUACCUGCUCUGUUUCCACGAAUUUGGCGUAUUUGUGGAUUCCUACGGACGGCGCAGUCGCACGGAUGACCUGAAGUGGAGCCGCCUGCCUUUGGCAUUCGCCUAUAGAGAGCCUUACCUGUUCGUGACCCACUUCAACUCCCUCGAGGUGAUCGAGAUUCAGGCCCGAUCUUCUCUGGGAACUCCGGCUCGGGCCCAUCUGGAAAUUCCAAAUCCUCGAUACCUAGGACCGGCAAUUUCAUCGGGAGCUAUUUACCUGGCGUCCUCUUAUCAGGAUAAGUUACGAGUCAUCUGCUGCAAGGGAAACCUAGCGAAGGAAACCAGCAGCGACCACCACCGGGGACCCUCUGCCUCUCGCAGCCGCCCGCGUCAAUUGUUUUUGAAUGACAGCAGCCCUAACAAGAGGGGUCCCCCGACCUAUAACGAGCACAUAACCAAGCGCGUGGCCUCCAGCCCCGCCCCCCCGGAAGGCCCCAGCCACCCUCGAGAACCAAGCACACCCCACCGCUACCGAGAAGGGAGGCCGGAGCUGCGCCGGGAUAAGUCCCCCGGCCGCCCCCUGGAAAGGGAGAAGUCUCCGGGCAGGCUCCUGAGCACGCGCCGGGAGCGCUCUCCGGGGAGGUUGUUCGACGAGACCAGCAGGGGCCGGCCACCCGUCGGAGCCGUGAGGACCCCGCUCUCCCAAGUCAAUAAGGUCUGGGACCAGUCUUCGGUGUAAGUCUCGGCCUGAAAAGCGACGCCUCCUCUUGAUAUCUGCAGGAAAACCUAAAGAGAUAACACUGAGCAUGUGCACACCGUUCUCCUGCCCGGGGGGCAGUUGACGACAUCCCCUCCCUCGCCCUCCCGCCCUCCCUCCGGGGCCGGUAGCUCCUCGGUAAAUACGACCCAGCACUCCAGGAGAUGCAGGCGAAAUCUCUGGGAACCGUCUGCCUCUCGGUGUCUUUCGGUUUGUUUCUUUUCCCUUUUUCCCUCCUCCCCCUUGCCUUCCUCCAGUCACACCCUCUGCAUUUUGUACCACUGUUACUCUUCCAAGCCGUUCAUAAACUUUUGUACUCUGCUUGCUUCCCUGCCGGUUCUUCGAGGAAACGAACAGGAUGCGGUGCACUUACUAGUGAAUUUACAAGAUCACCAUUUUCUCCUCUUUCUUCUCUUUCGGUUUUUGUUUGUUUGGUUUUUUUGGUUCUUUAAAAACGAUGGAAGUCUCGAGAGAUUUGGGCAAAAGCGAACUCCGGGACGAGGGCAAACCACUCUGCCCGUUGGCGCCGUACUACCGAAGUGUAAAUCGGUCUCCUUCGAUUUGUUCCCCUUCCCCCCCGCCCCCAUCUAAGUUCCCUCUCUGGGUUUCAUCAUCUGCAAGCGGCCCUUCUGACCCAGGAAGACGUUGUAGCCAAAUGGCUCUGGAACCCAUUGCCUUCUGUAGCCUCUCUCCCCAGCCCCCGCCGGCUUAGGACGUCCACCCGUCCGUGGUCCUCGUUCGGAGGCGGGCGGCCGGAGGCCGAGGAACCUGACGGAGCUUCCGGGAGCUUCCCCUGUCCAGACCGCCGUUUUCCCGGCUCCGGCCGGAAAGGCCGCCCCCGGUCCCGUGGGGAGCCCGGCCGCGACCGACCUCCCGGUCGGGGAAGGGACUCCCUGGGCCUCGCGUGCGGCGGUCCGCCGCGCCCUACCACUCCGUCGGCCCCGUCGACGGGUCGCUUCGCUCCCCGACAGAGGAUAACUCGCCCGGGAGCCAACCGGGGCCCGGCGACCCCUUGCCAGAUUGCGGGUCCGGCCCGAGAGCCCCGAAAGCCGGCCCGGGCCUCGUCCCGAGACGAGAACGAUCCGAGCGAGCCCGGCCCGGGGAUCGGGCCGGCGAUCCCCCUCGGAUCUCGGAGGUCUCCGGUCAGCCGAGCUCUCCUCUUUAAAGCGGACUCUCCCCAAGCCCCGCCCCUCACGUCCGUCCCAGGACGGGGGCCGGGGGAGCGCGGGAUAGGAAGCCGCCACCUCGGCCGGUCCCAUCCCGCGGAAACGGAGACCUUCUCUUCGGGGGCGGCACGAGGGCUCAGGGAUCCCGACGUCGGAUCUCGCCCUUGAGCCGGCGAAGAGCGCGGCCUUAUGUCACCCCGAAUCGCGCCCCCCAACCUUCCACGAGCCACCGGUUGAAGCUCAUUAUCUGGAAGGACUUCUACUCGGGGCUCCAAAAAAGCCAAGGCGCCGAAAAAACAAUUUUCAGGGGAGGGUGAAUUGGCCUCAGCCUAGUUCGGAGGCGGGGGGUCGGAGCGAGACUCUCGUCAUCUACAGUUUAGCUCACUUUCCGAUUUGCACUCCAGCCCGAACUCCUCUCCUUCCUGCUCGUCUCUUACCUAGUGCUCACCUCUUUGAGAUUCCCAAAAAACUCCCAGCACUGUCAGUACCUUUGGCAAGUAUUAUGGUUGUUGUGUUCCGUGUGUUUGUCCGGGGGUUCGUUUGUUUUUGGUUUUUUUUUUUUUUUUAAAUUUAUUUCGUUUUUCCACUCUUAGAGCAGAAGAUGUGACCGAAAAUUUGCCGAUGUUUUUGGGGGUUUUUUGGUUUGGUUUUUGGGGUUUUUUUGUCUCUUGGUUCCCAAAUAUUUUGGAAGGCCCCUGAAAUCGGUCUGUUGGCCCUCUCAUUUUAUUUAGGGUCUCCAGGAGAAACAGGCUUCUCAAGUCCCGAAAGUGUAUAUCUUGUGUCUUGUUUGUGAAAUGCUUCCUGCUAUAGAAAUAGCUCAAAAGAUUGUACAUAUUUACAAGAAACUUUAUAUUCGUAAAAAAACAAAACAAAACAAAGGGAAUUGAAUUGGUUUCUACUUUUUUAUCGUAAAAGGUGCAUUUUUCAACACUAACUUUUGGUUUUAAUGGUGGUUGGGAAUGGCCAUCUUCAUCGGAUGGGUGGGAGCUCACUGUGACCGCCAAGAUCCCGGGAGGAGAAAAUAAGGUAACGUGCAACAGCAGCCGAAAGCUUGUUGGCAUAAUAAGGUUCUCAGUUUCCAAUAAAACAGGCUUUUUUCUUCAUUACCUUUUUUAUUAUUAACAAGGAAAAAGGACACGCGGUAUGCCUCAAGAUCCACCCUGAAAAUAACGAACUUUUGUUGUCGAACAAUAAUCAAAUAAAGCAAUUAAAUACAUCGA